AUGCCCACUUUAUAUAGCACUGAAGGUUAUAAAUAUAAAAAGCCGAGUAUAAUAGAGUUGGUGUUAUACAAUAUGGCGGCAUUAUUGGGUGGUGUAGCGGCGGGAUAUGACGUGAGAGUGUCCAACGUCACUCCUCUACAUCCGACAUUACAACCUCACAGACCAGAAAUUGAAUCGGAGCCUCUCAGUUCGACGUUGUAUGAAGGAUACGGUUUCGCACAUAACACUUAUCAUGGACCUACAAGACAUUUGCGGGCUCCACUCAACGCUAUCACUGGAUCACCCAUACCGAGUCUUCAGACAGAAGAGCAAAAGCCGAUCCGUUUCACCGAUUCACCUACACACUACGCUCAUCCAUCAUCCUCGUCAGGUUACGGCCAUUCAGUUCAGCCAUUAUCCGGAACAUCCGGCUUAGGGACCAACUAUACAUCCACACAACCACCCACCCCAUCUCCUAGGCGUACUUCAUCAUCCACAUCAGACCAUCUUGCUGACUUAUAUCACAACUAUAGGGAAAACUUCCAACCGUCACCGUCCCAAGACCGGGAUUAUUAUUACCGUGGUGAACCGUACUCGUAUGACAGAACAGCAGAGUAUGUUGUGAAACAUCCCUAUUACGGCUACGAUGAGUGCUCGUUCGAAUACAGGGAAACCACAUCAGAAUCUGUAUUUAGACCGUCUACCACUCAGUACCUCACGCAUAGGAGAACUCCCUCGAACUCAUCGGCGUCAAACUCACAUCCUGAAGAGUUCUCUCCUUCGAGACAGUACAGAACGGAGAAGUAUCCUAAAGAGAAGCGAGACGAUUUCCGUGCAGCAAAAGCGGAAUACCCCCGGAAGACCAGUGACUAUUCGCUUCCUAGAGAUUUUUACCGUCAAGAGUCUCAAGACAGAGCAGAUGUGGAGCGGCCAGCUAAUCUGAGCUUGGAGUUGGCGCCGACAAAGUUGAGAUCCAGUUUGAAGAAAUACAAUAAAAAGUGUAGCGCUUCUGGGGGCAGUUCAGGGGGGGGCACGCCUACUAAUCCCACGCCCCCCGACAGUUUGACGAGUGAGACAGAUAGUUCUUACGUGUCGGCGCGAGACGCGUCAAGCGGUUCACAGUCCAGGGUCAGAUUCAGUCCGGAGACUAUGGAAGGCAUGCUCCCGGAACGUAGACCGUCUCGUCACUCGUAG